GAGAUCAGCUGAUCCUCCAGCAGCAGCAGCAGUAGUGAAAAGUUAAUAGUGCUGUUGAUAGUAGUGCUGUUGGUAGUAGUGAUAGUGUUGGUGGUGGGGAUUUAACAGCAUGGCAGCGCGGAAAGCUCGUAAAGGCAGUAACGUGUCUGACACUCUGGAAGGCCAGCAUGGAGUGGAUAAACUGAGGAAGAGGAAGGAGCUCUUCAUCCAGCAGUUUGAGAAAGAAGCACAUGAACGGAUCAACGAAAUGGAGGCCAAGCUGGACAAACUGCUGGCUACUGUGGACCGAGCUUACAAGAUCGAAAUGAUGAAGCUUCCGCAGUCCCUCCACACCACACUGAUUAAAGAUAUAAUGAAGGCCCAGGAAACUUCGGUUGGAGAAGUCACAAUGGCGAUCACAGCCGCGUCUCCAGAGAUCAGCAAGCCACUAAGCAGGAAGCCCAGUAAAAAAGGAAAGUCCAGCACCACUGCAGCGCAGCAGAAAUCCACCAAUCAGAACAAGACAGAAGAUGCCACCAAGAGGCAAACAAAGACGAGGAAAAUGAAGCCCAGUAACAGCACUGGAAGUCUCAGAUGUGCCUCAACAAUCAGCUCCAUGAGGACCAAUAGCCGAGUGGUCAAAGUCAGUGAUCAAGCACUUGUGUCUGGUUUGAAAGCCAGAACAAUAAGUCGAUCCCUGAGUGAAGAUCUCUCCACCAGCGCUACAGCUUUAAUCACCACGUCUCUGGGAGAGACUCUGCUUCUGUCUGAGGAGAAUAAGGAUCAGGUUGAACUUGAACUUCUGGAUGAUCUGGCGUUAAGCCAAAUGCGCAGGAUUAAGGAUCUGAUGGAGUACCUGUGCAACAAAGUGAAAGUGAAUAUGACUCACUGAGGCUAAACUAGAGAAACAAAUGUUUUAAAUAUUUUUUUGUAAAAUAAAUUAAUAUUUACACAAGUAA